AUGGCUACCAUUGCUCUCCCCAGGCCCAUACCUUCGGGGCACACGCGAUCAUCUUCCCCUCAUCCAUUGACACCAACACUCAGCCUCGACAGCAUCAGUACUUCUGCAGCAUGUCCGAUGCCGAUACCAAACAAGCACCUGCCAGUCUGUCCCCCAGGACCUGCACCUUCCGAUAAACCAGAUACCCCACCUCAGUCUCCGCCUUCCAAAGAAAUCUCUCUCCAAUCACGCUCCCUCUUAUACCCUGCCAAUAAGUACAAAUCUCGUACAAUUGGAGUCACGACGAUCUACGAAAUAGAUGCAGUCGGAGUAGCUGCUGCCCUCGACCAUCAUGCUGGACAACCUCUGCCGGACCCAUCUCAAGUAUUUCCUUGGUUCCACGGACUACACCCAUGCAACCAUAUCCAACAGGCAUUCUUUAUCGCGCGGCGGAAGAACUUGAGGAAAACACCGAAAUGCUUGCGUGGAAUUACUGUUGUGAAGGCCGGUGGGGACUUAAGCUGCUCGAGACUGAAGGGAGCCAUUGCCCCAGAAGAGUUCCUAGUACAAAACGUCGACGGUUCUCUGUUCAGAGAAAUCGACCCAAAGGAAGGCUUUUCAGUUCGUAAUUUCCAAAUACAAGCCGCAAAAUCAGCCAUGCUUUCGGAUAUUCUGGUCUACGGAGAGGAUCCAUUUGAGGUCGAGAGGCUGGCGAAGGACAUUGCAGCUGCCCAACGGGCAUGGCGUGAAACACACCAAGAGAAGGGACAUGAAAUCCUCAAGUAUAAUACUUUUGUUUGCACAAGCCCAUUUGAGGUUUUCGAACAGAAAUAUCCCGAGAUCGUUUCUACAGAUUCGAAGGGCCAGAUGACAGGGAGGGUAAUGGAUUUCUUCCAUCAAGAGAGGAUCGAGAUGUGCACGAUGACUAAAGCUUCAGAGAUUCAUCACAACGUCUGGUUAGGCCCGACGCCUGAUCCAGCCAUAGAUCCAGCCCUUUUAGGUGCUGAUGAGCAUUUUGACAUUCUCAUCGAAUGCAGUGAUCUGGGUCGGCUGAACCCCGCUUCUCUUCAAGCACUUGCCGAAAACUCCUCAGAUGGAGGACCAGCGUAUUUUGAGUUUCCUUCUUCUGGCAGCAUCAUGCCACCGACAUGGUCACAUACCGAGGUGGAUGCUAUUUUGGAAACAUGCAAGUGGCUUUACAGCCUCUCUCACGGCAUUCUUCCACCGUGCCCGUCAUUUCAAGAGAACGACGCCGAAGGAGAUUCACCUAUGCCGUCCCCCGCACCAACCACCAAGAUUCCUGAGAGGAAGAUCCUCAUACACUGUACCGAUGGAUACACCGAAUCCACACUCCUCGGUCUAGCAUAUUUUACAUACGCCACGGGACUUCCUAUUCCUUCGGCCUGGCUAGAUCUGCAUGUAUCCAAACGCCGCAAUUUCUUCGCCUACCCAUCUGAUGUUGCUCUUCUCACUACCAUUGCCCCGCGAUUGCUCUCUGAGUCUCCGGUCCAUGCUGAUAGAUCACUCACGGAUAUCACAGAACUUGCAAAGGAUGAGCCAGAAUGGAUCAAGAAUAUGGACGGAUCGCUACCUAGUAGAGUUACCGAUUACAUGUAUCUUGGAAAUCUUGGACAUGCGAACAAUCCGGAUCUGUUACGCAGGAUGGGAAUUGGUCAGAUUUUGAGUGUAGGAGAGAUGGCAACUUGGAAGGACGGCGAGUUGGACAUCUGGGGAGAGGAUAAUGUGCUAGUUGUCCAGAGGGUGCAGGAUAAUGGUGUUGACCCCCUGACAGACGAGUUUGAGCGUUGUUUAGAUUUCAUCGACCGCGGCAAGGCUAAGAACACCGCAACACUUGUACACUGCCGCGUUGGUGUUUCCAGGUCCGCGACAAUCUGCAUCGCGGAAGUCAUGCGAACACUCGGCUACUCCUUCCCACGCGCUUACUGCUUCGUUCGUGCAAGACGAUUGAAUGUCAUUAUCCAGCCCCAUCUGCGCUUCUCCUACGAGCUUCUUAAAUGGGAAGAGAAGUUACAGAGGACUACCAGUAGCGAUGGCCGUUUCCACAGGGAACUAGAAUGGCCAGACAUCGCGCGCGAGGUGGCUGCUAUGAAUAGGCCAUAUGCUAGAUGA